GCCCCGCCGCCUAGAGUUGCGUCUCCACUUGGCGGGAUGCUGCGUCUGCUGCGCACGACGCGCUGGGCGCUGAGGACCGCGCGGUUCGUCAGCGGCGGGAGAUGUCAACACUCCAUAGGAGUCGUCGGGGUGCCGAUCUCUCAAGGGCAGGGAAAGGCUGGUGUUGAAAAGGGUCCAGAUUUCCUAUAUAAUGCCGGAUUGGUGGACAAGCUUAUGAAACAAGGAUGUCGUGUCCAGGAUUAUGGUAACUUAAAAUUUGAGACUUUUGCUGAUGAGAAGCCUUUUGGAAUUGUGAAAAUGCCCAAAACAGUCGGUCGGGCCAACGAACAGCUUGCAAAUGUGGUGAAUACUGUGAAGCAAGAUGGACACACCUGCCUUGUGCUUGGAGGGGAUCACAGUUUGGCGAUUGGAUCUAUAUCUGGACAUGCAAGAUCCCAAAACAAUUUGUGUGUAGUAUGGGUUGAUGCCCACGCAGAUAUUAACACCCCACUAUCUACUCCCACUGGUAAUAUUCAUGGGCAGCCUGUCUCUUACCUUCUCAAAGAGCUCCAUUCCAAGAUACCAGUGAUGCCUGGUUUUUCCUGGAUCAAACCUUGCAUAUCAGCCAAAGACAUUGUAUACAUUGGACUGAGAGAUCUUGACCCAGGAGAACACUACAUAAUACAGCAUCAUGGUAUCAAGUCCUUCUCAAUGUGGGAACUGGACCACCUUGGAAUCAGCCGAGUUAUGGAGGAGACAUGUGACUAUCUGUUAACCAACAAAGGGAAGAGGCCAAUCCACCUCAGUUUUGACAUUGAUGCAAUAGAUCCUUCUUUGGCACCUGCAACUGGGACGCCUAUGGUGGGGGGCUUGACCUACAGGGAAGGUGUAUACUUGGCUGAAGAAAUCUACAAAACUGGACUGCUUUCUGUAUUAGAUCUUGUUGAGGUCAAUCCAAAUUUAGGAAAGACAGAGGAGGUGGCAUCUACAGUGAACUAUGCACUUGGAAUUAUAUUAAGCAGCUUUGGAUAUGUUCGGGGAGGAUCUCAUCCCAGUCACUACAAGCUACCAGAACCCUGAUAUAACAGAAGUGGUUUGAUGUUGGGAGCCAUCAUUGCAUUGUCAACAUUGGGAAACACUGAAACAGAGAAAUGAGAACUGUAGAUAUUCUGUUUAUCUUGCUAAACAAUUUCUUGUUCUGUUUCUAGGCUAAAUUUGUAGAUAUAGUAUUACCACUAAAAUGAAUAUAAUUUUUAAAUACAUUUUUAUAAAAAAAAAAAAGAAAACGUUAUUUGCAGAUUUUAAAUGUGGAAAUAUUUAACAAUUUUAUUGCAUCUUAAUUUUAACAUGAGCUUGCAAAAUUAUUGGUGUGAGCAGAAACUGAUAUAUAUUUUAACAAACUAUGCAAAUGUAAUCCUAACUAAAUUGCUGAAAUAAGAAGAAGUGAGCCUGGAAAAUUCACAACAGUAGGGGCAUUAGAAUCUUUUUACAGUUCUUGAUAUGUGAGCUUAAUCAGUAGAAAGGUGUCUAACAAAUCUGAAAUAGCAUAAUAAUUUGCUACAAUGCAUCCCUUUUAUAUGUUAUAUUUUGCUAAAUAUUUAAAUGAAAUCUAAUAAUGUGGCAAUCCCUUUAUAUUUUACUGUAUAUAUAGAAAAUUACAAAUAUAUAUUUUGCUAUUUAUUCCUAAUGAAUACUUUAAAGGAAAUUUAAAAGCUUGGCAUAUAAAAUGCUGCCUUCUACAAAAUAAUAAAUUAUAAUAAAUUGUA